CUGCGUGGACCUGACCGGGGGACCCGGAGAAAUUGACGACGGGGCCGAGGAAGGACGCGGUGUGGAGACGCGUCCCUGGCCGGAGAAGCAGCUUCCUCCAGAACCGCCGAGCUGCAUGUCGGACCCGCGGGUCGGGGCAGGAGAGGCUGUGCUAGGGCUCCCGGUGGAGGCGCUAGGGCGGGGCUGGAGGCAGCCACGGGGGUGAGGCCACGGGGUGAGGGGAACGCGCGUCUCCAGGGACAGAAAGCGGCGGAACCGCUGCAGAAGUGCAGAGAAGGCGAAGCUACCCGAGCCCCAGCUUCCCGCCGCUGACUACCCCGGCCAGCCGCAGGAACAGCAGGGGGAGGAGCAACAGCUGCUGAAUUCACCAACCAGAGGAGGGGGGCGGAGCUUGGGUCCCUGUAGCUGCUGAAGGCGCUGCCUGGACUGUAGUUUCCUAGGGGAGACCAGAGCAGAGCAGGAGCCAGAGCGAGCGCAACGCGGUCCUGGGAGCAUCCGCUACAGCAUCCCGCCAGGUUUGCAGGUGUAUGGGAGACUUAAAACAAGUCCAACAUGGCCCUCCGAGCACUCUUCUCUCUGCUGGUGCUGCAAAGUAUGGCUUCCGGGGCCACUCUCCCUGAUGGAACAAUUGCCGAUUUGUCGGUGAAUAUAUACAACCAUCUUCGAGCCACUGGGGAAGAUGAAAAUAUUCUCUUCUCUCCCUUGAGCAUUUCUCUUGCAACGGGAAUGAUGCAACUUGGGGCCCAAGGGUCUACGCUGAAGGAAAUCCGUCAUUCCAUGGGAUAUGAUAGUCUGAAAAAUGGUGAAGAAUUUUCUUUCUUGAAAGAUUUUUCUAACAUGGUAACUGAUGAAGAGAAGCAGUAUGUGAUGAAAAUUGCCAAUUCCCUUUUUGUGCAAAAUGGAUUUCAUGUCAAUGAUGAGUUUUUGCAAAUGAUGAAAAACUAUUUUAAUGCAGAAGUAAAUCAUGUGGACUUCAGUCAAAAUAUAGCUGUGGCCAAUUACAUCAAUAAGUGGGUGGAGAAUAACACAAACAAUCUGUUGAAAGAUUUAGUAUCUCCGAGGGAUUUUGAUGCUGUCACUCAUCUGGCCCUUAUCAACGCUGUCUACUUCAAGGGCAACUGGAAGUCGCAGUUUAGACCUGAAAAUACUAGAACCUUUUCCUUCACAAAAGAUGAUGAGAGUGAAGUCCAGAUUCCAAUGAUGUAUCAACAAGGGGAAUUUUAUUAUGGUGAAUUUAGUGAUGGGUCCAACGAGGCUGGAGGUGUCUACCAAGUCCUAGAAAUACCUUAUGAGGGAGAGGAGAUCAGCAUGAUGCUCGUGCUGUCCAGGCAGGAAGUCCCACUGGCUGCCCUGGAACCACUAGUCAAGCCACAGCUCAUUGAAGAAUGGGCAACCUCUGUGAAGAAGCAAAAAGUGGAAGUGUACCUGCCCAGGUUCACAGUGGAACAGGAACUCGAUUUAAAAGAUGUUUUGAAGGCUCUUGGAAUAACUGAAGUUUUCAUUAAAAAUGCAAAUUUGACAGCCCUGUCUGAUAACAAAGAGAUUUUCCUUUCCAAAGCAAUCCACAAGGCCUUCAUAGAGGUGAAUGAGGAAGGCUCAGAAGCUGCUGCCGCCUCAGGAAUGAUUGCAAUUAGCAGGAUGGCUGUGCUGUAUCCUCAAGUUAUUGUGGACCAUCCAUUUUUCUUUCUUAUCAGAAACCGGAGAACAGGUACAAUCCUAUUCAUGGGACGAGUCAUGCAUCCUGAAACCAUGAACACAAAUGGACAUGAUUUUGAGGAACUUUGAGUCAUUUCAUUUAAGUAACACGGAAAGUAGUAGCUAAGCACAUUGUGUUUGCAACCCGUAUAUAGUUAAUAUUUGUGUUUUACAGUGUAUCUUAAGAGAAUAUUUAAAAUAGCUCUGGAUAAACACAACAAUGUAUAUAAAUGAUAAGCCAACCUUGUUAAGGAAUGUUAUCAGUAUUAUUAAGCUAAUGGCCCUGUUAUGUCAUUGUGUUUGUUGUGCUGGUGUUUAAAAUAAAAAUACAUAUUGAACAUGUGAA